CAAGCCACGCCGCGUGUGCAAAUGCAAUAUAUCACGACCUUAAGACCAGGACAACUUUCAAUCGUUACGCCUCCAAGGAAGUCACUUUCAGACGUACGACUUUCGAUCGAUCCGCAGCCAUGGCGACCCUACAGUCUCACUUCUCUCCGAGCAAGAUCAUCUUCUAUCUUCUCUGGUGGCCGCUCCAUUGGGGCUUGUUCGCGUUUGGCUGGUACAAACAGGCAGCAGAUCCUAGACUAGCAGGCCUCAACACCCUCACGUUCUCCGUGUGGAUUUCUCGAGGUGCUGGUUUAGUCCUUUCUUUCGAUUGCUUGUUCAUCCUCCUGCCCAUGUGUCGUAACAUCAUGCGCUUUCUCCGACCAAAGUUCAAGUUCCUUCCUCUCGACGAAACGAUAUGGUUCCACAGACAGUGUGCCUAUGCGAUGCUCCUUUUCACUAUUGUCCACGUAACUGCCCACUACGUCAACUUUUUCAAUGUCGAAAAGACUCAGAUUCGACCAGUUUCGGCUAUCCAAAUUCACUACACCGAAGCUGGCGGCAUCACAGGCCACAUCAUGCUCUUGUGUAUGCUCCUGAUGUACACCACUGCACACCAUAGGAUCCGACAACAGUCUUUCGAAACCUUCUGGUAUACUCAUCACCUCUUUAUCCCUUUUUUCCUGGGCUUGUAUACCCACGCCACCGGAUGCUUCGUCCGAGAUACAGCUCAACCAUUCUCUCCCUUUGCAGGGAAAAACUUCUGGGGCCACUGCCUCGGCUACGAAGGAUGGCGAUGGGAACUCUGGGGAGGUGGCUUAUACCUCGGCGAACGUCUCUACAGAGAGAUCCGAGCAAGGCGAGACACCAAGAUCUACAAGGUCAUUCGUCAUCCGUACGACGCUAUGGAAAUUCAGUUCCAAAAGCCAAGCAUGAAAUACAAGGCCGGCCAGUGGCUCUUCAUCAACAUCCCAGCCGUUUCAAGCCAGCAGUGGCAUCCAUUCACCAUCACAUCGUGCCCAUUUGAUCCAUACAUCUCCAUCCAUGUCCGCCAAGUUGGUGACUGGACCAAAGCAGUGGGCGAUGCCCUGGGUUGUGGACCUGCGCAGGCGAAGCAAUUCGAUGGCGAGGAAAAUAACGGAAUCUACGAAAUUGCCCUGUCAGCCGGCCAGGAGAUGCCUGCCAUCCGAAUUGAUGGACCUUACGGUGCUCCUGCCGAGGAUGUCUUCGACAACGAAAUCGCCGUCCUCAUCGGUACAGGGAUUGGAGUUACCCCCUGGGCCUCUGUGCUCAAGCACAUCUACAACAUUCGAGCUGGGCCUAACCCACCCCGUCGUCUUAAGCGAGUCGAAUUCCUUUGGGUGACCCGAAGCAUCGAAUCUUUCGAGUGGUUCCAGACGCUUCUCUCAUCUCUUGAGCAGCAAUCUGCCCAAGCCGCCCAGUCUGUGGGUGGACCUGAAUUCCUUCGCAUCCACACAUACCUCACACAGAAGGUCGACCAGAACACCGCGGCCAACAUCUACCUCAACACGGUGGGCAAUGCUGUUGAUCCUCUCACUGAACUUCGUACCAAGACGCAGUACGGUCGACCAGACUUUAAACGUUUGUUUGGUGCAAUGCGGGAUGGCCUCAUGGACCAGACGUACCUAGACGUCAAAGAAGCGAGCAUCACCGCACAGAUGAAGGCUUCGGUCGGUGUGUACUUUUGCGGUCCUGGCGCGGCAGCCCGUGAGAUCAAGGACGCCUGCAAGUACACCAGCAAUGACCUUGUCAAGUUCAGAUUCUGGAAGGAACAUUUCUAA